AUGGGAGUGUCCCAGCAGGAUCGAGCACUCAAGAGAUUUCUCUUUGGAAUCUAUUCCCAAAUUGAUUGUUACUUUGAGCGUUUGGUAAGAUCCGGCACAAACGCAGAAGAAAACCUACCCGACUUGGGGACCUACAUGGAGACCUGCUACCAUGGAGGAAGCCUACCGGAGUCAAACUUGUUUGUUGUCGCAAAGGUCGGACAUGGUGGAACAGGAGACAAGUUUGAGAGUCUGCUGAAGAGAGAGAAAGAAAGGGCCCAGAAGAAGAGCCUGGGCAAAUCAGUAAAAAAUCCUGACAUGAACGAAGAACAUCGCUACACCGGAAGAACUACUACUGAGUUAAUCAAACGGACAGGCGAACAGCCUCCAAAGCAUGCCAACGGAAAGGAACUGUGCCUCAUUUGGCACACAAAGGGCGAAUGCAAGGAGAACUGUGAACAUGAUGCUGCACCAGACAUUGAUAAGCUUCCGCACCCUGCCGCACCAAUGCUACACCGAGUAAUGAAAAAUGGGGCUCCUGUGGUGGUUCAUUCGGAGCCAUGGAGCCAGAGCCAACUUGACAUGCGAGUCGCUCGGGGCUGUCACUCAUCAGCAAACGAAUUCAAAGAGUUUCUGAUGGAGGAGUUUUUGGAUUUUGGAAGGAAGGGAUUUUGGAUCCUACUUCCAUACGACGCCAUCAAGGACGAGAAGGGACUUUGCCUUUCUCCAAUUGAGGGAGCUAUGCAAUUCGGCAUGGCCCCACUACGCAUCUGCGAGGCACUCAUGAAGGCAAACCCGGACUAUGGGCCAGUUUACAUGUACAAGAACGGCAUGUCGGAUGGUUUCUAUUGCAUCCAACUGUCAACUACCGGCGCACUCAAGCUUGGGGUCAUCUUACCGCGUUUUGAAGGACUUCCACAAUUGGUUGCACUGCCACUUGUGCUUCCAAUGGGUUGGACAGAGAGUCCACCAUGGUUCUGCGCUUUCACGGAAACCGUUGCCGAUCUGACAAAUGUUGACUUGCAACAAAACAAGCGAGUGCCACCGCAUCCUUUGGGAAGGGCAGCAGCCAUCACUGACUUUGAAGUGAGGGACACACAAGUCGUGAGACCUAUACCAAAAUCUCACCAGCCACUGACUUACCAGCGCCCAUUGAAAAAGAUGGAAGUCUUUGUGGACGAUUUUGUUGGAAUGGGCCAAGACCAUCCAAGCAAUCCUUUGACAAAUCAACGAGCCGUCCUCAGCCACAACAUUGACAAGGUCUUCCGACCAAAUCGACCCACGGACAACCAGUGGCGAAAAGAGCCACAGUCACAAUCGAAAAUGGCUAAGGGAGAUGCCUCUUGGCACACAGUCAAAGAAGCCUUGGGUUGGAACUGGGGAGCGACAACAAAGACAUUGCAAUUGAAAGAGAAACAAGUGAGCAAGGCCCUGUCACUCCUGGGUGAGGUCUUGGAUUGCAAACGCGUCUCCCUGAAACAAUGGCAGCAGGUGGUGCGGUUGACUCCUGAGGUCCGUGAGCAACUGGAAAUCUUCCAAGAUUUUCUUCAUGGCCAUGCAAAGCGCCCCACAACACUGGAAGAGCUGGUACCAGGCGUCGACUUACACGUGGGCUCUUGUGAUGCAGCAAAGUUGGGAAGGGGAGGAGUAUGGUUCACAGACGGUGCAGAGGCCAUUGUCUGGCGCGAACCAUAUCAAGAAGCAGUGAAAAAAGAGGUCAUUUCAGAUCACAAUCUGACAGGAAAACUUACCAACUCAGACUUGGAGCUGGAAGGCACCGUUCUCCAUCAUUUUGUCCUUGGAAAGACAGCCCAGGUGGAAGGCAGAACCACUUACACUGGCUAUCAACUCUUGGCAACUGUACAGGAUGCCGAACGCCGUGAACUCCUUGAUGACAUCCGUGCUGUUGAACUCGGAAUCGAACGCGGAGUCUGUCCUUCAAGAGUUGCAAAGGCACACUCUGUCUGGACCACAUGGGUUGCCUUCUGCGACAGCCUCACCCUUGACCCAGGAUUGUCAGCGGUCGACGAUCCCUUGCUCAUCAUCCUCCUUUUUGGAACCCAAUGGCGACAUGGAAAAAUUGCCCCCAGUAAGAGACAGGUCCGGGGUCGAACGGCUGAAGAUGCCAUGCGCCAGGUGGGCCAGGCCUUUUCCUCAUUGGGACUGCUUGAUCCGAGGAUGAACCGAUAUGCACCGGGCACAAUGGACUUUUGUUGGACACGGCUGCUAAAAAGUUGGAAAAAAGAGGAUCCAGCAGCACAACGAGUACGCCCAUUGCCAAAGUCUUUGUUAAGGCAAGCAUCAAAGCUCGCCUCAAAACCCACUAGUACACAUGCCGCAAAGGCAAUGAACCGAUUGAUGUGGCUGGGAUUUUUCUUUUUGUUACGUCCUGGCAAAUUUCUGUCAAAGGCGGGAACACAAUUUCCAUUCAAGGUGAAGCAAGUGUUCUUUCGUAUCAACGACGCAGAAUUUCAUGGUGACGUCAUCCCCCUUUGCCUCCUGGACACGUCACUUGUGACAUUCGCCGGUCUGAUAUUUGACAAACAAAAAAAUGCGGUGCCAGACAAAAAGAUCGGUUUGGGCAUGUCAUUUAAUGGUGACAACCCCACAGCUACGCUGAUUGCCAUUGUCCGGCACCUUCGACAGAGUCAACAAACGACUGGCGACACCCCUUUGUUCACCUACUACUCCGAGUUCGGAGUCCCUUGCAAUGUCACAGAUCAAAUGAUGACAAAAUAUCUGAGAGCAGUUGCUCUCUCCGUGGAGGUUGAUUGA